AUGCGAUUAUACCUCAAUGAUAAACCACGGACAUUUGUUUUAACAACUGCGACGCAUGCAUUAAUCGUCAGACACCCAAACCCAACAUACGAACACAAGGGUAUCAAGAGUCGAAUACUUGGCCAUAAGCGCAGUCACAGCGAUAAAGACGAUUCCAAGGUCUUGGUAGAGUUUAUCUUGAAGGAGUACAUCAAUCUAAGCUCAUACCGAGAUGUAACCCCUAAACGAAACAAGCUCUUGGGAUUUAUUGGUCUUUUACCUUUGAAAGGUAAAGUGUUUUUAGGCUUUAUAACUCAGCAUGAGCUAGUAGCCUCGCCAACUUUGGAUGACAAGGUGUACAAGAUCACGGGAACUGAGUUUUUUUGCUUAAACAGUGAUGAGUACGACUAUAUUUUUGAUAGAGACUUUGAUGAGUUGCGCUAUCAAGACACUGAAAAGGUAAAGUACCCUGGUUCUUCGGUGAGGAAACUUUUAUCGAGUGGUGCAUUCUUUUACUCGAGACAGUUUGAUAUCACAUCUACAAUCCAGGAAAGAGGUAUAGGAACUUCCGAUUUCAAGUUAAUUGCAGAUGCCUCUUACUUUAGGCGGUUCCUGUGGAACAUGUUUAUGAUGGAGGAGCUACUCGAGUUUAGAAAUAGAUUGACGUUGUCGGAACAGAGGUUGAUUGAUGAGACGGGGUUCCUCAUUAUUAUUGCUCGUGGAUAUGCGAAAACCAUCAACACUGAAGUUUCUGGUCAAGAUGCGUUAUUAACUUUGAUAUCGAAACAAAGCAGUGCCAAAGAAGGGCCCAUUUUUGGCGAUUGGGGAUGUGAUGGUAAUGGGUGCGUUUCAAACUAUCUUGAAUCGGAAGUGAUUCUCUUUACUGAACAUUUCUGUCUAUCAUACGUGAUUGCACGAGGAAAUGUCCCCAUGUACUGGGAACUUGAUAACAACUUUUCAACCAAGAAUAUAAUUGGAGCUAGCAAUAAAAAAAUCGUGUUUCCAAGGUCAUUUGAAGCAUCACAGGAAGCGUUCACAAGGCAUAUAGAAAGGCUUGCUGCUCAAUAUGGUGAUGUUCAUGUGCUCAAUGAACUCUCAGACAAGUCAUACAAGAGCGUUUUAAAUGCUUCCUUUGAAGAGCAGGUGAAGUACUUUGUGGCACAUAGAGACCCUGCCACAUCUGACUUUAAGUUUCAGUACACGCACAUUCCCAUACCUGCUGCUAGGAUCAAGAAAAUAGGCUACACUUCACAAAACCCUUCUGAGAUACAGUCUCGAGUAGCUACUUCUGUGACAGACUUUGGUGCUUUGUUCUAUGAUAAUGCCACAACUAGUUUUGUUGGCAAACAGUUGGGUAUAUUCAGAAUUAAUUCCUUUGACAGCUUGAACAAAGCCAACUUCUUGUCAAAGGUGAUUAGUCAGGAGGUGAUAUUGUUGGCAUUCAGCGAGAUUGGCGUACACUUAGACAGAGACUUGUUUACAUCACACGCAAAGUUAUGGCAGGAGAAUGACAUUAUAAUAACUCAGUUGACGCUCAAUUUUGUUUCAUACAGCGACAAGUUACACACCAGCAAAAAGUCAAAUGCCUCGUCAGUAAAGUCCCACAUUACGAAAAAGUAUUUAAGUGGAGUGGUGGAUAAUACCAAACCAAAUGAAAUGGCACUACUCAAGUUGUUGGGUAGGUUGCAAGACCAGUCUGCAAUUAGUUUGCACAAUCCGCUUCACGAUUACAUUGAUAAAGAGUUGGCCAAACGCAGCAAAGAGUUUACAUCAGAGCUGGAUAUAUCUGUAUUUGCAUCUACAUUCAACGUGAAUGCAGUUUUCUACGAGGGAGAUAUAAAUGAAUGGAUAUUACCACAUGGUAAAUCACAUGACUUGGUUUUCAUCGGUUUACAGGAAAUUGUUGAAUUAAAGCCCAACCAAAUGAUGGCCCAGGAUUUCAAAAACAAAACUUUAUGGGAGCGUAAAAUUCUAAACUGUCUCGCACAAGAGGACAAGUAUAUGGUGAUGUGGAGCGGUCAACUAGGAGGACUCGUGUUGCUCCUUUUUGUCAGAGAGUCACAGGUGAAGCAUAUCUCCAAUAUUGAAAUUUCAUUUAAAAAAACAGGUCUUGGUGGGAUGGCUGCGAAUAAAGGAGGAAUCGCUGUCAGUUUCAAGUACUCUGACACAACAAUGUGUUUUGUAUCUUCUCAUUUAGCCGCAGGACUCAGUAACACCGAAGAAAGACACAACAAUUAUAAAACCUUGAUCAAGGGGAUCAAGUUUUCGAAGAAUAGAAGAAUUCCCAAUCAUGAUGUUGUCAUUUGGUUAGGUGACUUUAACUUUCGAAUAGACUUGUCGAGCGAGGAAGUGAAAUCUUUGAUACAUCAGAAGAAAUACGGCAAGUUGUACGAGUACGACCAGUUGAACAGGCAAAUGGCAAGUGGUGAAACUUUCCCUUUUUUUGCUGAACAAGAGAUUCGGUUCCCACCUACUUACAAGUUUGAUAAUGGCACCAGAAAAUAUGACUCAAGUGAAAAACAAAGAGUUCCUGCUUGGACCGAUCGAAUAUUGUACUUGUCGCGCAAGAACCUAAUCAAGCCAAUGGACUAUGAGUGUAUCGAUAAUAUCAUCUUUUCUGACCAUCGGGCUGUGUACGCAGUAUUUCAAAUUACAGUUAAAAUCGUCAAUCAUGGUAUUAAAAAGAGAUUGUCUAAUGAACUAUACGAAACGUAUAAUUUGAGGUAUGGUGGAAUUCAAGAUUUGUCGGCCUUGACUUAUGAUCCUGACAAAAAGAGCGCCGAUUAUGAAAAUGAAAAGUUGCCACCACCUAGUUCAGAAAAACUGAAAUGGUGGCUAGAUGGUGGCAAACCGGCAAAAGUAGCAAUCCCUCGAUUGUCUGAGGAGGGGAACGAUCUCGUCGUAAAUCCUUGGCGCCCAAUUAAUCCGUUUGUCGACACCAUUGAACCCGAAUUUGUUUCGAGAAAGGAGUUGGAAGGUAUGUUGAAGUAA